AUGGCACGGCACGCAUUCUAUACCAAUAAAGAAAGCAAUCCACUGGUCACGAUCUGUGCCAUUAUGCUAUUCCAUUAUUGGGAUAUGACUGCCAUGAACACCGUUAAUAACACUGACACUGGCUGGUGGUGGUUGGGGAAUGCUAUUCGACUUGCGCAAGAGGAAGGCUUGCAUCGAGAAGGGAAAUCCAGCGACCUCUCAAGGCCACUACAAUCAUUGAGGAAGCGAAUAUGGUGGACUUUAUUUUACGUGGAACUGUGUGAUAUCCUGGGCGAUAUAAGUAAGCUUCUCGCCCAAGGAGCAGCUUAUUUUCCGGCUACACUCCAAGCACGUAAGCGUUUGGUGGACUGGAUACGCAAAGUCCCAUCUGAUCUGCAACUAUCCUCUCCUGGGAAUGAGAGAAAAGAGUUCAACCGUGACGUUGCACUUCUCCACAUUCCCUAUCUUGGGGCCAUUGUGAUGGUGUACUUGAGCUUCUCAAGUGAUGCACCUCCCAAAGCCUGUGUGCCAGGAAUUGUUGCUGCUUCAAUCCUUGCGAGAAUCUGCGAGGAAUUCCUAGCACGCGGUUUCAUACGCUUCGUUCCCGAAGAGUUGGGUUGGUUUGUUUCCUUUUCCGUCCUCACAUUAGCACACGCUCGUCGGGUCGAUUGUCUCGCACCCUACUCUGAUGCAGAUGUCUGGAUUCUUCUGGAAACUUUGAGGCAGAUGGGAGGUAUGUGGAGCUCUGCUAAAUCAUUCACCAAUGUAUACGAAAAACUGGGGCGUGAUCUCGAUCUGGUCGAUCAGAGGCCUGUACCGUUGGCAGCGCCUAUUCAACACCAGUGCAAUUUUGCCCCGGAUGACAUUUCACAAGGACAUCGACAAUGCACUUUACCACAUUGUCUAGAGGAGCUCGCCGCUCUUGACGGUGUGAAUUGGAUGGAUUACUUUCCGUACGAGAAUUGCAAUACGAGUCCAAUGAUGGCGGCGAUUCUGGCAGCAGAAAACCAUACGUUGAGCCCGUCUGUGUUAGAUGGGCCAUUCGUGCUCAGCCAAAACAUGCAAGAGAUUUUUGCCAAUAUCGAUGAGUUUGGCAACUUUUUCAGUGCGGAAUAG